AUGCAAAGCGACACACCAGACCCUCAGCGAUUCUUCAGACCCGCACCUACCCCAUCACUCGACAUCUCUGCGCCCGAGACACAUGCAAUGCAGACUCCCAAGAUAUUCAGACGGAAGCGGCCACCCACGACGUCGCGCAACCUUACCGUCUUUGAACCUCGACUCUUCGCGCUCAUGCCCGAAGCCGCAGCCAACGAGCUCAUCAACACUAUGCGCUUGAUCCUCACCAGGGGCGGCCACAAGAAGCAUCUAUUGGAAAUGUGGACGCAGAGAACCAAGGAUCUUCUCAAGAGGCUUGGGAACAGCGAAGUGAUUAGGGUGUAUAACGAAUUCGCUACUGCACAUGGGCUAGUAGAACAGCGGUUGACGUUCAAGCUGCCGUUGGUCGAAGAUUCAGAAGAUAGGAAACAAGAGGCGGAGAAUUUCGAUGAAGUGCAUGACGAUAUUGGAAGCCAUGGUGCGACCGAAAAGAAUGUAGGGGAGGAUGCUGCCGUCAACGACGCACUGCAAAAGAAAGUCGGAUUCGAGGUCGCACAAAAUCCAGAUGUCGAUAUGGAAGACGUAUCUUUACCAAAACCCCUCCAGCGUGUCACGAAGGAACAUUCCAUUCCAAGGACAGCACUUUCGCCUCCACCCUCAUCGCCGGUACCACCACCUGCUCCAUUCGUUUCCACAAGUGUCGCGUGCGAAAGGCACACUCCCGGUACCUGCACGGUUGUACGAAUUCAUGAUUUCAAAGCUUUUCCCGUGACAAAGAUCCAAGAAAUCCAAGCCGACUAUUAUCGAAGCGCUAUCAUCAUUGCUAUGUGCGUACACCGCGACAACAACAGCCAGGUCACUCAAGUAACAGCAAGCAUGGAUAACGGGCCUGUCGACUACCUCCUGAUUAACGACCCACGAAUCAUUACAUUCCUAGGUUUCCGCCAGCCACUAUACGAUCCCAUCUACGUCCAACCCAAUCCUCGCCUGGAUGAGACAUACCAGAUCCAUAUGCAGCCAGGCCUAGCACCGCGAAACCCGAAGGCUUGGGUUGUUGGCGAGUUGGUAUCGGCGCGACAUGCGUAUCUAUACUGGCUAGAUAGCAGGCAGACUGCAGAUCCGAAAGCUCCACCUACUAUCGCGGAAGCUAGGAUCCUGGCUCCCAAGAUAGGUCGCCGAGCUAAGGAUGUGUGGGAAGAGAUUGAGAGGUGUUGGAGAUUAGAGCAGGGUAGCAGUGGAAAGCGUCACCGAGAGAACAGGAUGGAGUAUCUAGGAGAGAAUCCAAAGUAUCCCGAACGAGAGGAGAGGAGAUCGCGAAGGAGCAUGUGGGUGUAG